AUGUCUAAGGUAAAGAGUAGUGAGACGGUGAAGGUAGUAAUCCGCUGUCGCCCGUUAAACCGGAAAGAGGAGGCGGCAGCGGCUGGUGUUACCCGGACACCGGGAGGAGUGGGCGGGAUCGUAGAAAUGGACAUGCGUCUGGGUCAGGUGGUCUUACGGAACCCUCGUGGUCCGCCCGGCGAGCCGCGUAAGACGUUUACAUUUGACUCUGUGUACGACCCCUCGUCUAAACAGCGUGAUCUUUAUGAUGAGACGGUGCGGCCGCUGAUCGAUUCCGUCCUAGACGGGUUUAACGGAACCAUCUUCGCCUACGGCCAGACGGGUACCGGGAAGACCUACACCAUGCAGGGGGUGUGGCUAGAGCCAGAGAAGCGGGGCGUCAUCCCCAACGCCUUCGAUCACGUCUUCACCCAGAUCUCCCGCUCCGCCGCCGACCGCCAGUACCUGGUCAGAGCCUCUUACCUGGAGAUCUACCGAGAGGAGAUCAGGGAUCUACUGGAUCCCAACGUGCACGCCCCUCAUGUCCCCAAUGUGCACACUCACACCCAACGCACCCUGGAGCUGAGAGAGAGCCCGGAGAGCGGGGUGUAUGUGCGUGACCUGACGUCGUGCGUGUGUAAGAGCGUGAAGGAGAUACAGGAGCUGAUGAACGUAGGGAACCAGGUGCGCUCGGUGGGAGCGACAGACAUGAACGAACACUCUUCCCGUUCCCACACCCUGUUCCUCAUCACGGUGGAGUGUUCCCUGCCGGGGCCGGACGGACGGCAGCACAUCAGGGUAGGCCGGCUCAACCUGGUUGACCUGGCGGGCAGCGAGCGGCAGGCCAAGACGGGCGUCCACGGAGAACGCCUGAAAGAGGCCGCCAAGAUCAACCUGUCUCUGUCGGCGCUAGGCAACGUGAUCUCAGCUCUGGCAGACGGGCGUAGCGGCCACGUUCCGUACCGGGACUCCAAACUGACCCGGUUAUUACAGGACUCUCUGGGAGGCAACGCCAAGACGGUGAUGGUGGCUACACUAGGCCCCGCCCCCCAACACUACGAGGAGACCCUCACCACGCUCCGCUACGCUAACAGAGCUAAGAACAUCCAGAACCAACCAAGAGUUAACGAAGACCCUAAAGACGCCCUGCUCAGAGAGUUCCAGAAGGAGAUCGCACGGCUCCGCGCACAGCUCAGCCACAGGGAAGGGAGGGGCAAACACAGGAAGGAGGAUGGAGAGGAGGGCUGGGAUGGAGAGGGGGAUGAGGAGGGAGAGGAGGAGGUGGAGAAGGAGAGGAUGCUGCAGGAGGAGAGGCUGGAAGAGGAGAAGGAGGCCAUCAGAGAAGACGGAUCACUAUUGGCUGAGGAGAAGCAGAGGCUUCUGGGAGAGAAGGAGAGGAUGAUGGGAGAUCUGAGGAAGGAGCGGGACGCCACCGAGCAGCUGACUGCCAAGUACAAGCACCGCUACAACAAGUCGGCCCCACCCCUACCGGGAAGUCGGCCCCACCCCUCCCGGGAAGCCGGCCCCAUCCCUCCCGGGAAGCCGGCCCCAUCCCUACCGGGAAGUCGGCCCCACCCCUCCAGGGAAGUCGGCCCCACCCCUCCAGGGAAGUCGGCCCCACCCCUCCAGGGAAGUCGGCCCCACACUGCUCUCAUCACCACUCUGGGGAUCAUCGACACGGCUGAUUAG